AUGACUGCUGAUACAGUUGUGAGUGCUCGAUGGGACCGAGAAAUUCAUAAAACAAUAAUAACGCCCGGCGAUUAUUCAGUUGUUCCAUACGAAGAUUCCCGGUGUAAACUAUCUCUAAGCAAAAUACAGUGCAAAAACGAUAGUGGAACAUGUGAAAUAGAACCUGAAAGUACAAUAUUUAGUCCCUCAUUUAACGGCACUGUUGUAAUAGGUGAUUUAGAUAACUUCCUAGACAAAGAUGUGGAAUUAAUUCUACAACGAAUGUGUUGCGGUGAAUCUUGUAUGGCUACCAUAGUAUAUAAAAAUAAUAACAAGGAACUUGUAAAGGAGAUAUCAUUUGAAAUCCAUUUAACAGAAGUUACAGAAGAACAAUUAAUAAGUGAUUGGAGUUGGAACAGAUUGUAUGAGGCAUCUAUUCAUCAUAAGGAAAGGGGAGUGCUGUUGGUAAAGGAGAAGAGAUUAGUUGAUGCUUUUAGACGGUUUAACAAAGCUCUUAAAAUGUUAGUGGCAAUUGAACCAAUAGAUCCAGAUAUUAUCGCUGGAGAACAAGUAAAAGAAAUGAUUGAUUUGAGGGUUAAACUGUAUAACAACCUGGCUCAUUGUCAGCUUCAGUUUAAUGAAUAUGAAGCAGCUAUAGAGCUAUGCAACUUAGCUCUAAAGAAUGAUCCAGAAAAUAUAAAAUCACUUUACCGCCGGUGCAUAUCACUUGCAGGCUUAAAAAUGUAUGAUGAAGCAUGGACAGACAUACAGCAUGUGUUACAAUUAGAUCCAAAUGAUAAGGCUGCUAAAUUAAAAGCUACAGAAUUAAAACCUAUGAUAGAAAAGCUCAAUGAGGAUUACACUAAUGUUAUAAAAAAAAUGUUUAUAUCAUAG